AUGGUUCCUCGUAGACGAAGAAUCUCCACUUCUAUUAUCGCCAUUGUUAUAUUCAUCACUCUGGUUGUAUUCAGUAGAACACUCAUCAAAGCUCAGUUACUUCAAAGAGAUCGCAGAGGGUACCCUAUUCUUUAUGAUUGUGAACAAUGUAACAGAAAAAAGGACCAGGCAACUCCAUCAUAUGCUUCCCCUGAUAAAUCUGGGAAUCUAGAUGUUAAGGAUUUUGACAUAAUGAUGACAUACAGUGAUGCUUCUGGAGCUGUUAGGGUUGGUUCAGUAAAAGCAAAAGAUCUAUCUUCUUCAUGGGUUUGGAAAACUCCUAGUCACCAUGAUGACCAUAUGAAAAAUCUUGAGAAAUCAAAGGAUUUAUCUCAGCCUAUCACAAAGUACGAAGACAGUACUGAGCAUCCUGUUGAGACAAAGCAAAGUACAGAAAGCAUUGUCUUCAACACAAAAAGUUAUCCAGAUGAUCCAAUUAAGCGUCACCGCCAGAUGUUACGUCUUAAAAGAAGGGAGCUCCGUACAGCAGAACUUAUGAGGCAAGACAAAGAAAUGGAUGCAGAGAUGGAGAAAGCAGCCAUUGAACGUGCUGAGGGGCUGGAUACUACUUUCAUUGGAAAGUAUAGCAUUUGGAGGCGCGACUACGAUAAUUCCAAUUCUGAUUCUACUUUGAAGCUUAUGCGUGAUCAAAUUAUUAUGGCAAAAGCAUAUGCUACCAUUGCAAAAACUAAGAAUGAGAGCAGUCUUUACGAUUCCCUGAUGAAGUGCACCAAAGAUAGUCUGAGUGCCAUCGGUGAAGCAAAUUCUGAUGCUGAUCUUCAGCCAAGUGCCCUGGAUCAAGCGAAGGCAAUGGGGGGGAUUCUCGCAGCAGCAAAAGAGAAAUUGCAUGAUUUUGCUGUUUUGGCUAGGAAGCUAAGAGCCAUGAUUCAAGUAACUGAAGAUAAUGUCAAUGCUCUGAAGAAGGAGAGCGCAUUCUUGAUUCAGCUAGCUGCAAAGACGAUACCAAAACCUAUACAUUGCCUUUCUCAACUGCUUACUGCUAAUUAUUUCAUUUCUGGCCGUGCAAACAAAGAUGCUAACUUGAAAGAUAGGCUUGAGGACCCGUCACUUUACCAUUAUGCCAUCUUUUCAGAUAAUGUACUUGCUGCAGCAGUAGUAGUGAACUCUACUAUUGUGCAUGCUAAUGAGCCAGAAAAGCAUGUUUUCCACAUUGUGACGGACAAGUUGAAGGUUUCAGGCAUGAAAAUGUGGUUUCUUGACAAUCCUCCCUCUAGUGCUUCUGUAGAAGUCUUGAACAUUGAUGAUUUUACAUGGUUAAAUUCUUCUUAUUGCCCUGUGCUUCGGCAACUUGAAUCUGCUCGAAUGAAGGAGUUUUACUUUAAGGUCAAUAAUAACCCGUCAUCUCUUUCAACUGGCACAGACCAACUGAAGUAUAGGAACCCAAAAUAUCUGUCAAUGUUGAACCAUCUUCGUUUCUAUCUUCCAGAAGUAUAUCCUAAGCUGAAUAAAAUCUUGUUUUUGGAUGAUGACAUUGUUGUCCAAAAGGACUUGACUCCACUUUGGUCUGUUGAUAUGAAAGGAAUGGUGAAUGGUGCUGUUGAGACAUGUAAGGAGAGCUUUCAUAGGUUUGACAAGUAUCUUAACUUCUCUAAUCCCUUGAUCUCUGAAAAUUUUGACCCCAAUGCUUGUGGCUGGGCAUAUGGAAUGAACAUGUUUGACUUGAAGGAGUGGAGGAAGCGAAACAUUACUGGAAUAUAUCAUUACUGGCAAGAACUGAAUGAGGACAGAACUCUGUGGAAGCUGGGCUCAUUGCCGCCUGGACUAAUCACUUUCUACAAUCUGACCUAUCCACUAGAUCGAAGCUGGCAUGUAUUGGGACUUGGAUAUGACCCUGCACUCAAUCAGACUGCAAUAGGGAAUGCCGCUGUUGUUCAUUACAAUGGAAAUUACAAACCGUGGUUAGAUCUUGCCAUUGCCAAAUACAAGUCAUAUUGGUCCAGAUACGUGAUGUAUGAUAGUCCCUACCUUCGACACUGCAAAUUCACCGAAUAGUCUCAAUAUAUAGCAGCAGAGCCUAUUAGGAGAAUACAAAAU